GGAAGACCCCAGCAGCCCAGCGCAACUAAGGAAGGAUUCAGGGUCACCUGAUUCAGCCCGUCAUAAGCCUUCAUGGGGACCCGAUCUGGGCAGUGUCAAACUGCUCUGGCCAGGUGGACCUGUCCUUACACAGAUACAGAACCCGCAUACAGAUCUGGCACAAAGUCAAACAGGCACAUAUAAGGCAAGGAGUCUUUUAAAGGUCAGCUCCAUUGCAUCUCUUAGAGAGGGCAUGGUGUACCCUUAGCCAAAAUGCCUGGCAAGAAAGACCCCAAAAAGGACGCAAAGAAGGGUGGAAAACCUGAACCAGAGAAAAAGAAGGAGGAGGAAAAGAAAGGCAAGGAUGACAAAAAGGGAGGGAAGGAUGACAAAAAGGGAGGGAAGGACGACAAGAAAGCCAGCAAGGAUGAUAAGAAAGGUGGAAAGGAUGAUAAAAAGGGUGGGAAGAAGGGAAAAGAGGAACCGCCCAAGGGGAAAGAUGAUGGAAAGAAAGGAAAAGACAAAGGGAAAGGCAAGAAAGUGGAGUCUGAGGAGGAAGAGGAGGAGCUCCUGAGCGAUGAAGAGGAUGAAGACUUCAGUGAUGAAGAGGAUGAUGAGGAAGACUCAGAGGAUGAUAGGAGAGGGAAGGGGCGAGGAGGCAGGGGAGCUAAAGGAAAGAAAGUGGGGAAGUCUAGACGUGUUGAAGACUCAGAGGAGGAUGAUGAUGAGGAUGAAGAUGAAGAUGAUGAGGAAGACGAGGAUGAUGAGGAUUAUGGGAAAUCCAAAAAAAAAUCCAAGGACGAUCGCCAUCAUAAAGGAGGGAAAUCCGAUGCUGACGCAAAGAAGAAAAAGGGCAAAAAGAAAGAGGAAACACCACAACUUCCAGUGAAAGAAAUCCCAAGGAAAGGUCUGAAGAACAUGUCCAGGAUGUUCAUGAAGUUUUCAGGCUUCAAGCGACGCAGGAACAGCAGGAAGAAGCUUAAAAGUACUUCACGUUUAUUCCUGGGUUUGGGGAAGAGAAAGACGCGAAUUGCUAAGAAGAAACGUCGGAAGUCCAUGCUGAAGAACACCUCUCGAUUCAUGAUGAGAUUCAAGGCCAGCAAAAAGAGGAAAAAGGAGAAAGAGGACAAAGAGAAGGCAAAUGGUGGGAAGAAGCCAACCUAUAUGCUGCUUCGCCUAGGAGGGAACAACUCCAAUGAGAAGAAAAGGGGCUUCUUCAAAGGCUUAUUUGGGAAAAAGGACGGUGAUGGGCCUGUUGACGACUUCAAGAACAGAAGUCUACUGCUGGGGAAGGUUGCAGCGGCAACUAACUGGCUGACCAAACGCUUCCUGUCCACCAAAAUGCGGGAAAAUUCGGGACAGCAUGGCUGGCAAGGGCAUAGAGCUCACAGUCGGCAAGCCAGCUCCAGACGUUAUCUCCAGGGUUACCAAAACAAUGGUUAUGAGCAUGACGAAGAUGUGUACGGAUACCAGAAAGUAUAUGAAGGGUAUGAUGACGGUUAUGAAGAUGAGGCAGCGUAUGGAAAUCAUGGUCACUAUGGUUACUAUGACAAUGACAAUGGGGCCGGGGGAGCAGGAUAUCAUGACCUUGGUUACUAUGAGGAUGAAGGAUUCAGUGAUCCAAAUGCAGAAUAUUAUCCUGGUGUUCUUUAUGAUGAGAGCAUGGGGGAUUAUUAUAACCCUUAUUCCUCUGCUGAUUACUAUGCUUACGAGCAGCAGCAGGCAAUGUAUGGUGAUGAGGGUCUGGACUACUAUGCACUAAUGGGUGAGGACCAUGUGUAUGGAGGAGAGGUGGAUGGGUUCCUUGACCCUCAGACUCAGGGCUAUUACGAUGAAAAUAAUCAGGGAGUUUACUAUGGUGGUGAACAAGUGGGCUAUUAUGACAUUGGACAGGCAGGUUAUUAUGAGAACCCUUAUGUAUCAUCUAUGGGAAUGCAAGGUGGAUUCGCGCAGGACUAUCAACUUACCUAUACUGAUGCUGGCAUGCCAUACCAAGACUUCAGCUCCCAGCAGGCAAUUGGAUUCCCUCCAGGAGGCCAACAGGUGUUUGGGUUUGGAGACCAAGUUGUAGGUCAAGGACAGGACCUGUAUGGAAACCAGAAUGUUGGCCAGAUGGAUCAGUAUGGAUAUGAUAGCAGUUUAGUUCAAGGGGGGGAGAUGACGUUUAGAGUUCCCAGACCUCAAGUGCGCCUUUUCGGGAAAGAACGUCUAGAUGUUACCUUGCCUCCUCCACCAACUUUGCCGCCUGAUCCAGAAUUUGAAGACAUGUCAGAAAUCCAGUACGAAGACCAGAUUCCUCUCGCGCCAGGUCAGCCUGGUGGCAUGAUGUCAUUACAGCAACAGAUGGCAAUGUCACCACAACAACAAAUGAUGAUGUCUUCUCAGCAAAAUCUGUUGCCCCCUCAAGAACCAAUAAUGAUGUCCCCUCAAAUGAUAUCACCUCAGCAGCAAGUCAUGUCACCGCAGCAGCAGAUGAUGUUACAACAAGAGCAGAGUAUGUCCCCCCAAAUGAUGUCAUCGCCAAUUAUGUCACCACAGCAACAAAUGAUGUUAACGCAGCAGCAGCCGAUGUUGCCACAACAACAGAUGAUGUCCCAGCAAAUGAUGUUGCCACAGCAGCAGACGAUGCCCCAGCAAAUGAUGUUGCCACAGCAGCAGAUGUCACAAGAGAUGAUGUUCCCACAACAGCAAAUGAUGUCACAGCCAGUCAUGUCACCACAAGAGCAAAUGAUGCCACAGCAAAUGAUGCUGCCACAACAACAGAUGAUUUCACCACAGGUAAUUCAAGCUGUGCUGUGUCAUUGA